GAACGACAUCUGUAUAUGCUAGUAUAAGAAGCCUCCGUUCAGCCACGAUCAUUCACCCAAUGCAUGUGUCGUGAAACCUGCCAACUACCUAUAUCAUAACAGCCAACUUAACUGCAACUUUCAGGAAGUAUAGACGUGUUUGAAGAAGAAAUUCAGCACUAUAACGUUUGAAUUUUCUUGGAAUUUCCAAAUUUCGUCGUUGUUCUCUUUCUUGAAAGGCUCGGCUUUUUUUUUUCACUUCCAUUUAAUUGAUAUAUCUUAGGUUACUAUUUAAAACACGUUUAGCUUGAUUCUUUUUUUUGAAGAAGAAGAAUUUAGGCUUUUUCUUUCUGUACGCGGUUUUUCUAAUCCCUUGUACGUUUGUAAGGAAUUCGCAGAAGUACUAUAACUGUUUUACCAGGUCUGCUGAAGUAAAAAUCAAAAGAUUUGGUAAUCGAUGUUCUUCUUGUUUUGAAAAGCCUUUUUCUUUUUAUUGUUUGAAAAGUUUCGAGGGUUUCAUUUCAUCGCUUUUUUCACCUUACCUUUUUUUCUAACCUCGGCCAUUUUUAACAAGAAAUUGUUCUCAUCUGUCUCGUGCGAGCAGAAAGUUAUCUACGAUCUUAAUUAUUUUGAAGUUCAUAUAUCAUCCCUUGCAAUACGUGGCCCGGCAAACUGGUCUUUGUCUUUCUUUCGUCACAUCCUUUUUUUGACUUAACCAAGUAUUAAAAUACUGUCAGAAGCUGUGAAGAAAUCAAGGUUUUCUUAUAGAAGUCUUUGUUUUUAGAAAAAAAAGUCCUUUUUUCUAUUCGUUUUCUCUAAAUAUUUGUUUAUGAUCGCAAAAAACUAGAAGCUUCCCAUCUUUUUGAUCGUUCCGGUUAUAUUUUUUUCCUUUGUUGUAUUUUUUGUACCCAUAUUGGUAUCCUUUUCCUUUGAUUUGAAUUGGUCAUUUUAGUGGGUCCUUAAUUUUUGUGUUUUAUAAUUCUUUCUUAUGACUUCUUCUCCCGAUCAACCAAGUCAGCACCCCGACGAGGGUUCAGACCAUAAUGUUGACGCUUCGUCACGACCACAGCAAUACCUUCAAAUUCCUAACUCAAAACCGAAACGCGGGAACAGCUCGAAAAGUAACAAUACAGCUACCUCUCGUGUUCCUAGUUCUUCGGAUACCGCCAGACCGUCUUCCAGCCGUGAUGAUUCUAGUAUGUAUGAAAGUUCUGAUGAUGAUAAAAAAGACGACCCUCCGCCAGAUUACACUAGUAACGUUUCCGUCCAUUCCCAGAAUAAUCCAUCUGAUGAUGAGCAUUCAUCUAACACUUCGGAUGUUUCCGUAAGUCAGUUAUUACACAGUGAGUAUGAAGAAGCUCCGUUUGCUUUUCCUAUACCUCUUUUACAAAAGUUUGUAGACCCAAAAAGCACAGCCCCUUUGCACGCUGUUCAUGGUCUUCCUGGUUUGUUUAAGGGAUUUCGAGUUGAUCCUCACAAUGGUAUAUCUACUUCCGAAGUUCACUACUCCGAUAAACUUUCUAUGCGGGAUAUCUUGGAAACCGAUAUGGAUCCUAUGAUGGAUCUCCACCUUGAGACAACAAGUUCCCCCGAUAAUCAUGGAUCUUCUGAAUUACCAGAUAACUGUGAUCGUAUUCAAUAUUACGGUGCUAAUAAAUUACCUGAACAUGAUUCCAAAGGCUUGAUUCGUUUAAUGUUGGAAGCCUUCAAAGAUAAGGUUUUAAUUUUACUUUCUAUUGCCGCCGUCAUUUCUUUAGCUCUUGGCUUAUACCAGACUUUUGGUCAACCUCCGAGUGUCGAUCCUAUUACUGGAAAACCAGAACCGCGGGUUGAAUGGGUCGAAGGUGUUGCUAUUAUAGUUGCUAUCGUCAUUGUUGUUACUGUUGGAGGUGUUAAUGAUUGGCAAAAGGAAUUGCAAUUUAAAAAACUCAAUGCAAAAGUAGCAAAUUUUGACGUUCAAGUACUAAGAGAUGGUUCGGUUCAGUCGAUAUCUGUUUUCAAAAUAUUAGCCGGAGAUAUUCUUUUUGUUGAAGCAGGUCAUGUGGUUCCUGUUGAUGGUGUAUUAAUUGAAUCGAACAAUUUGGUUCUUGAUGAAUCUGCUAUGACUGGUGAAACAGAUGCUACAAAAAAAGUGGAUGCAAACAUGGCUUUAUCCAGAACAAAACCCGAUACUGAUUACGAUAAAAAGGCAGAUCCAUAUCUUAUUUCAGGGACUACUGUCUUGGAAGGAAACGGUAAAUUGUUCGUUACUGCUGUGGGUGUUAAUUCUUUUAAUGGCCGCACCAGUAUGGCUAUGCGUACGGAGGGACAGGUGACGCCUUUACAGCUUCGUCUUUCCCGAGUUGCCGAUGCGAUUGCUAAACUUGGUGGUGCUGCUUCGCUCUUAUUAUUUAUUAUUCUUUUAAUUGAAUUUUUGGCUCGUUUAAAAUCAAACUCGAACUCAUCCAAAACCAAAGGCCAGGAGUUUUUGCAAAUCCUAAUUGUUUCGGUUACUCUUUUGGUUGUUGCUGUACCAGAAGGUCUUCCUUUGGCUGUCACCCUGGCGUUAGCAUUCGCAACAAAUCGUAUGCAACGUGACAACAACUUGGUUCGGCAUUUACAGGCUUGUGAAACGAUGGGAACCGCUACUAAUAUUUGCUCUGACAAAACUGGAACACUCACUCAAAAUCGAAUGACAGUCGUCGCUGGUGGUUAUGGUACAGAUUUGGUUUUUUUCAAUUCAAAUGAGGAAACACCAUCUAAUAUGGACAAAAAUUCUGACAAAUCAAAAUUUGAAGAGGCUGAAUCUAGUGCAUAUGCUAUCAAACGACUCUCUCCAGAAUUGAAAGAAGUCAUGUUGUAUAGUAUCGCAAUUAACUCUACUUGCCGACAAAUAUUAAGUCACGAUUCCGAGAAGCCUGAAUUUAUUGGGUCAAAAACGGAAACAGCGCUACUAGAUAUGGCUGUGAAUGACUUUGAGCUUAAAGACGUGGAUAAAAUGCGUAACAAAACUGAAAUCAUUCAGUUUUUCUCGUUUUCUUCGGAUCGAAAGGCUUCCGGUGUUAUCUACAAGCAUGAAGGUGAAUACUUAUUCGUUGUUAAAGGUAUGCCUGAAAAAAUAUUGCAACAGUCUGCGAAAGUGAUUAAUGGAACGUCGCUCGACCAGGUUCAAGAGAUGGAUCCUAAGAGAGACUAUUUUCAGCAAAUGAUUACAGGCUAUGCCAAAAGAUCGCUGCGUACUUUGGGAUUUUGUUAUCGCAAGUUCUCAUCUUGGCCUCCUGAAGGAAUUAAGAUGAAUGAAGAAGACAGUCAUAAUCCAUUCAAAUGGGAAGACGUCUUUCAAGACAUGACGUUCUUGUCGUUUUUUGGUAUCAUGGAUCCCCUCCGUCCCGAUAUCCCAAUCGCUGUCAAAGUAUGUCAAGGUGCUGGUGUAGUAGUUCGGAUGGUCACUGGUGAUAAUAUUAUUACGGCAAGGUCUAUCGCAAGUCAAUGUGGUAUCCUUACUGAAGAUGGUACCUCAAUGGAAGGUCCUGAAUUUAGAUCUCUUUCGGAUGAACGCCGUUUAGAGAUAUUACCUAAGUUGGAAGUUUUAGCUCGUUCUUCGCCUCUCGAUAAACAAUUACUCAUUGAAGGACUUCAAAAACUAGGCAAUGUUGUAGCAGUAACUGGUGACGGUACAAAUGAUGCACCAGCCUUAAAGAAAGCUAAUGUUGGAUUUUCAAUGGGCCGAUCUGGUACUGAAGUGGCCAAGGAGGCUUCUGAUAUUAUUUUGAUGGAUGAUAACUUUUCGUCCAUUGUUAGAGCCAUUGCAUGGGGUCGUACCGUGAAUGAUGCAGUCAAAAAGUUUUUGCAGUUCCAAAUCACGGUGAAUAUCACUGCGGUUUUCCUUACUAUUAUAUCUGCUGUUGCUGCUUCGGAUCAGGCUUCCGUGCUUACUGCUGUGCAGCUUUUAUGGGUCAACUUAAUUAUGGAUACCUUGGCAGCUUUAGCAUUAGCAACUGAUCCUCCAAUGCCGGAGGUUUUGGGCAGGUCACCUGAAGAUCCCAACGCAUCUCUAUUUAGUUUUAAUAUGUGGAAAAUGAUUAUCGGUCAGUCGAUAUACCAGUUGGCAGUAACUUUGGUGUUACAUUUUGCUGGCAAUCAGAUCUUCCACUACUCUAAUCGAACGAAUGAUAUGAAAACAAUUGUGUUCAAUACCUUUGUGUGGCUUCAAUUAUUUAAUGAAUUGAACAACAGAAGACUCGACAAUAAGCUUAACAUAUUUGAACGAAUUACUCAUAACUAUCUAUUCGUCGGUAUCUUCUUGGUUGUUGCAGCUAUUCAGGUAAUUAUUAUAUUUUUCGGAGGAGCUGCUUUUUCGGUUACGAGAAUUGAUGGUAAAGGUUGGGCAAUUUCUAUUGUUUUUGGUGUCAUCUGCAUUCCAUUAGGUGCUGUUAUUCGAUGCAUUCCAAAUGACUUUUUAAGGAAAGUCCUUCCUCUUCGGAUGAUUGAGAAGGCGCUCUCUUGGGUCAUGCAUCCAAGAUUCCGCCCGAAGGGUAGUCAUGAUAAUAACGAUUUGGAAACUAACAGACUUAUUCCAUUUGAACCAUCUUCGCCGACAGAAGUCAUUGAUUCAAUUCGAGAUUCCUUAUCCUUUGUGAAAAAGAUUCGUGGGGGCCGUAUAAGGCAUUUGCUGGGCUCAAAGUUCAACAAGCAAAUGAAUGCUUUACCUGAAAGAGUCCGCCCCCGCGUGAAGAGAAGAUUUUUUGAAAUGCGUAGUCCGUCCGUGGCUUCAAAUACGAGCGUUGCUCUCAUGGUUCCGAUUUCAACAUUGUUCAGUGAAGCCAGUGGUAGGCUGGGUGGUCAGGAUAUAUGGAUCAACAAUGAACAACAGAAUUACGGCAAACCAUCAAAAUAACUCAAAUUAACUCCCUUGCUACCUUCUAAUUGUUUGUUUUCUUUUUGCUUCUCACUAAGGGAAACUGUUUUAAUGUUGUAUGUCGAGCUUUUUAAAUUAUUAAUAGUUAGUUGCGUUAUGCGACAUUUCUCUUUUAUUUGAUUGUUCAGUUAGUCUAGUAAGAAAAAUAUAAUUAAGUACCCUAAAUAAAAGUUCUAUAUUUAUUUACAUUGUCUA